CUAACAGCUUCGAAUUUCAAACCCCAUCAAUCUGGUAAGUACCCGUUUCUGCUUUUGAGCUAUUUUUGUUCUUGUCUUGUACGAAAUUCCAAGGCUUUUCGAUGUGUUUUGCUGAGUUUCAGUAGUUUUUAAUUGAAAACUGAGGAUUAUGGUUCUUGGGUUUUCGAUGCGUUUUGCUGAGUUUCAGUAGUUUUUAAUUGAAACUGAGGGAUUAUGGUUCUUGGGUAAUUUGAAAUAUUUGUUGACAAAUGGAGAAAUCUGAUGGGCUUCUCAUUAGAAAAAGUCCACGACUUCGUGGGGUGUUCAAUCUUGUGUGUUCCCUAGUCCUUAUGUGUAUGUUCUACAACCGUGAAGAUAUUGUGAGUAAUUUAAUUUUAAAGAAGUCAUCUUUAGUUUCUAGUCAGUGGCACCCAAGUAGUAGAUUUGAUGGUUAUUCUUCCCAUACACGAGUGGUUCGUCGAGGGAUGUUAGAAGUAAACGGGUCGGAUGCUGAUGAUUUGGUGGUAAAAAAGCCUCAGUUAUGUGCAGGAUUGUUUGAUCAUGUGGGGUUUAAAAGUAGUUGUGACUUCUUGAAAGUUCACCCGGAUUGCUCGUCUGGAGGGUUCUUUGAUUACCUUAAGUUCUAUUACUGUGGUUGUAAUGGAAGUGCGUGGGCGUUUGUAGUAUUUGGUGUCUGGCUUGCUGCAUUGUUCUAUCUUUUGGGUAACACUGCAGCUGAUUACUUUUGUGGUUCGUUGGAGAAACUGGCUAGCUUGUUGAAGCUAUCUCCUACAGUUGCUGGAGUUGUUUUGCUCCCACUUGGUAAUGGUGCUCCGGAUGUAUUCGCGAGUAUUGCUGCGUUUGUAGGAAGUGGUGCUGGUGAUGUUGGGCUUAACAGUGUUUUAGGUGGGGCUGUGUUUGUUACUUGCAUUGUUGUGGGUGCUGUUUCUCUUUGUGUAGCUGAUCAGGAUGUUCAGGUUGACAAAAAAUGCUUUAUUAGGGAUAUUGUCUUUUUCAUUGUAACGCUGAUGUCACUAUUAUUGAUCUUGAUUGUUGGUGAAGUUAGUGUGAUAGCAACUAUCGCAUUUGUAUUGAUAUAUGUUGUUUAUGCCUUUGUUGUUGCUGCUAAUGAGAUUUUGAGGAAGCAUGCGCGAAGAUUGAGAUUGGAUGUUGUUACCCCUUUGCUUCCUGUAAGAGGAAGUAUAUUUUCUGAAGGGACUCAGGAGGAGGAUUCUGUUUAUAGCUCUUUGCUUGACGUUGAGACAGAGGACAAUAGCAUACAGUCACAUGGUUCCUUGCCUCAGUGGAUGUGGGCAUCCAAUGUGGCAAUAUAUUCUAAUCAGUCAUUGAGGGUGCAUGAUGGGGAAAGGCCUUUGUGGGGUUGGAUUGACGAGGGUGUAGAAGUCAAGAGCCCAUCAUUUUCCUGCUCUCAGCUCUGCUCACUUCUAGAGUUGCCAUUGACUGUGCCAAGACGAUUAACCAUUCCAUUAGUUGAGGAAGAAACUUGGUCAAAACCAUACGCUGUAGGCAGUGCUACUUUAGCUCCUGUUCUUCUUGCUGCUUUAUGGAAUACUCAGGAUAAUGUGAGUUACCUAGGAAGAAGUGUUGCUAUAGUUCUUGGCAUUUCUGUUGGUUGCACAUUGGGUAUACUUGCAUACAAGCAUACAAAAGCUGACCGUCCACCACAGAUGUUUUUGCUUCCAUGGGUUUUGGGGGGUUUUAUUAUGAGUAUCGUUUGGUUUUAUAUGAUUGCGAAUGAAUUGGUGGCGCUGCUGGUUGGAUUGGGUGUUGUACUGGGGGUUAAUCCCUCGAUUCUUGGGCUCACUGUUUUGGCUUGGGGCAAUUCAAUGGGUGAUCUGGUCUCAAAUGUUGCUUUGGCGAUGAAUGGGGGAGAUGGUGUGCAGAUUGCUUUAUCUGGAUGCUAUGCAGGUCCCAUGUUCAAUACACUUAUUGGGUUAGGAAUCUCAUUAUUCCUCGGUGCCUGGUCAGAAAAACCUUCUUCAUUCAUACUUCCACGGGACAGAAGUUUGUUUUACACCAUAUGUUUCCUCUUGUUUGGUCUUCUAUGGGCCCUCGUUGUUCUUCCCAAGAAUGACAUGCGCCCUAACAAGAUGCUUGGUGUAGGCCUUAUCAUCAUCUAUUUGGUAUUUCUGUCUGUUAGACUGAGUAGUGCGAUGGGAAUUGUUUCAUUGUUUGGGCUUAGUGACUAAUUGUUGCAUGUUCAGAAAGGUUAGCAUUGAAAUCAUCUGGGACUUGAGAUUCAG